CUAAUUUCUCCCGAUUCCAUCGUUUUCUCUCAAAAUCUAACUCCGAUAGACAAGGAUUCAACGAUGGAAGCAUCGAUACAUAGAUCAAAGAGUAAAUGUUUUGAAGCAGAAGCUUUUAAAUCCAUAAACAAGUGUAGGAUACAAUCAAUGAAGAAGCUACAGAAAACAAUCCGUCGGUGUGAAUUGAAAGUUUUGAAAUCUUCUGUUGCCAGUUUGCAGAGUGAAAAUCAUAGGAAAAGAGCGGAAGCGAAGCGAAAGUUUUGUUAUUCAAUGAUCAUGGGACGAAUCUCUCCCGUCGUCGGAUCCACCGGCUUCACAUGAACUCGUCCAAUCCGUUCGGCAUCAGAGAAUUGCUGCGGGAUAAGAUUAAGGGUGAGAGUAUUUUCUUUCAAAUAUUUAAUUAAUUAAUAUCUCAUUUGUAUGUUUGAUUUAUAGCUUAUUCGAAUAUGCUUAAUCGUUUCAGCUUAUCAAUAGGAGUUUAUUAUGCAAUCACUGUUUUUUUUAUUUUUGAAAAAUGUAAACUUUUCAUUAAAAAGAAACCGCAAGAUCUGUUUUAUGAACUACAUAUGGGAGGGAGAAGAGAAACAAAAACAAAAGAACAAAAGGAGAAGGAGAAGGCUAGAUUCUCAACCCGUACAAAAUCGCGGUUUAUUUGUAUUUAUAAGCCCUAAAUCAGUUAGUUAUAACUUUCAGCUUAUUCCACUUAACAAGUGCUUUCUUUGAGGCUACCUUACAUUCUUGUCUCCUUCUUGUUAGUUCAGUGUAUCAUUUCAUCAUGAGUUUCACCUCUUCUAUACUGACCCAAUUAUAGGAUCAUUAGAAUCUUUGGUUCUUGAGUUUUGUUCUUAAUUUCAUUCUUCAAUAUUGCCUUGGGACGAGUUUUUGAUUUAUAAGGUUUUCAAGAAGUCUGAAUUUGGAAGAAUAACGAUGAGCAGAGACGAGGAAGACAGAGAGAAAAACUUUCCAAUUGAUCAACCUGAAUACUCUUCUACAACUCGAGAUCUCGAAAUCAGCAUUCCUCCAAUUGGUGCUGAGAGGAAUUUGAGAAAUUCACUAACUACAGUGCCAGAAGAAUCUCAGGAUGAUGUUAAUGCUUUGUCUGAUUUAAACUUGUCAGAUGGUGAUCAUAUGAGAAGCAGCACAGAAUUACAACCUUCCAAUAGUUCCUUAUUGAACAAUGAAAGUCAGAUACCUUUUCAUAUAAAAAGCACCACUGACUUACAACCUUCCGAUAGUUCCUCAAUGAACAAUGAAAGUCAGAUACCUUCUCAUAGAGAAAGCAGCACUGACUUACAACCUUCUAAUAGUUCCUUAUUGAACAAUGAAAGUCAGAUACCUUCUCAUAUAGAAAGCAGCACUGACUUACAACCUUCCAAUAGUUCCUUAUUGAACAAUGAAAGUCAGAUACCUUCUCAAAUGUUUCCAAAUGAUACGGGAAACUUAGAUGGGGAUGUAAGGGAUCGAAAUGUGCUAGAAGACUUUAUGAAAGACGAAACCCAUUCUUUUAAACUUCUUGAUAUUCGUGGGCAUGUUGUUGAGUUCAGUAUGGAUGAAAUUGGGAGCCAGUUUAUUGAACAGAAGCUUGAGACUGCAACUAUAGAGGAGAAAAUUUUGAUCUUCGAGGAAUCGAUACCUCACGCACUUAUUCUAAUGACCGACAAACAUGGGGUACGCGUGAUUCUAACGUUCUUGGAACAUGGGCUAACAACGCAGAAAAUGAAAUUGGCUGAGAAAUGCUUAGGUCAUGUGUUUAUACUUAGCCUUCAUUUAUAUGGUUCACUAGUGAUUCAGAAGGCAUUAGCUGUUGUUGAUAUGGAGCAAAAGAUAAAAAUAGUUAAGGAGCUCGAAACUAAUGUCAUUAACUGUUUUUUUAAUCGGGAUGCUAACUGUGUUAUCCAGAGAUGCAUUGAUUGUGUUUCCGAAGAGGAUAUCCUAUUCAUAUUCUCUUCUUGCAUCGAUCAAAUUGUUUACAUCUCAAUACAUCCUAUUGCAAGUCAUAUCAUAGAGAAAAUAUUAAAGUGUUGCAAGGAUCCAAUGAUCCGGAGUAGAGUGAUUGAUGGAAUUGUAGCAUCUGCUAGCAUUUUGGUGCAUGAUGAAUUUGGCAAUCAUGUUGUUCAGCAUGCGAUAGAGCAUGGAGAACCUGAGGAGAGAUCUAAGAUGGUUGAAAAGUUAGCUGGAAGAGUUGUUUGGAUGAGCCAACAUAAGUUUGCGGUUAAUGUUAUUGAGAAAUGUCUUGAUUUUACUGAUCCUUUUGACCGUAAACUUAUCAUAAAUGAGAUUCUUGCUCCCAUGGAGGGGGGAUACGACCCAUUUAAGAGAAUGCUGAAAAACAGGUUUGGAAACUACAUUAUACAGAAGGCUCUGGAAGUUUGUGAUGAUGAGCAACGACAGUUGAUUCGGUUGCGAGUUGAGGCCGAUUUAAACAACUUUAGAUAAUAUUUCGAAAAUUCAUUGUGGAUCGUGUUCAGGAUCUA